UUUAACAUUAAGCCAGUGGCAAUGUCUAGUUCUUUCACUCUUUCAGCAAUGGCCAUUUUGGCCUUGUCUCUUGUUCCAGGCUCAUAUUCAACCACUUCAGUGCCAGAAUCUGAUGUUGAUCUCCUUGAGUUUCCAUUGAAUUUAGAGUAUUUAGAAGCUGAGUUUUUCUUGAAUGCUGCUUUGGGUUUUGGCUUGGACAAGGUUGCUCCUAACUUAACCAUGGGAGGUCCUCCCCCCACUGGUGCCCAAAUGGCCAAGCUUGACCCUUUCACUAAAAAUCUAAUCUUGCAAUUUGCAUGGCAAGAAGUUGGACACUUGCGGGCUAUUAAGAAUACAGUAAAAGGAUUUCCAAGGCCAUUGUUAGAUUUAAGUCCAAAAUCAUUUGCAAAAGUGAUCAACAAUGCUUUUGGAAAGCCUUUGAAUCCUCCUUUUGAUCCUUAUUGUAGUAGCACCAACUAUCUCAUUGCAUCUUAUCUGAUUCCUUAUGUUGGUCUCACUGGCUAUGUCGGUACAAAUCCUAAACUCCAAGGAGCUGUUUCAAAAAGGCUUGUUGCAGGGCUUUUAGGUGUUGAAUCUGGGCAAGAUGCAGUUAUUAGAGCAUUGUUGUAUGAAAAAGCAUUGGAGAAGGUGCAUCCCUAUGAUAUAACAGUAGCUGAAUUCACAAACAGAAUUUCAGAACUGAGAAAUAAGCUUGGAAGGUCAGGAUCAAAAGAUGAAGGGCUUAUUGUUGCAAAGUACAUGGGUGCUGAAAGGAAAAUUAGAGGUAAUGUGCUGGCUGGUGAUGAAUUUUCAGUUUCAUAUGACAGAACUCCGGAGGAAAUUCUGAGAAUUGUAUAUGGUAGUGGUGAUGAAAGUUCCCCUGGAGGCUUCUUUCCAGAGGGUGGCAAUGGACAUAUAGCUGAAGCUUAUUUACACAGCAGGCCACUUAAAGAAUAGGAGCAUAGAAACAGUGUUUUUGGAAAUAAUAAGCAUGGUUGAAUUUUGCUCUUUUUUAACGCUAAUGUAAAGUGCUUAUUGUUCCAAUCAAAUAAGAUUAGAGUAAGUUGUGUCCUCUUUUGGGUAUUUUGAAAUGUCUUUGUACAAGGUGGAUUCAAACCGAGCUCGAUUAUCAACACGACUUGUUUGAGUUUAAA